AUGGACUCUGUCACCAGUGGAAUCGGAAAGCUUUUCUUCCUCUAUCGGCAUGGUGGUACAGGAAAUACCUAUUUGUAUAACACAAUUGUGGCUGAGCUGCGGAGUCAACAAAAAAUUGAUUUGGUUGUUGCCUCAUCAGGUAUUGCAGCGAAGCUACUCCCGGAUGGAUCUACUGGCCAUUCACGAUUUGAAAUUUUGAUCGACAUAGAUGGGUCUUCUACCUGCAGGGUAAAGAGGGGUACUCAUUUGUCAGAGCUCUUGCAGCAGACCUCACUCAUUGUUUGGGAUGAGGCUCCCAUGACCCAUCGUUUUUGUUUUGAGGCUCUUAGCAGAACGUUGUGCGACAUCAUGGGCGUUCCCUCUGUUGGACAAUCCUACAAACCUUUUGGUGGCAAGAGGAUCCUUCUUGGUGGGGAUUUUCGACAAAUUCUACCUGUCGUACCUGGGGGAGGACGGGGAUCAACCCUUAACACCUCGAUUGUGCGAUCUCCACUUUGGGCACAUUGCCACCUGCUUAGUCUGCAACCGAACAUCCGCAUUAAUCAUGACGAUGUCAAUAGCACAACAAUCUUUAGUGUCAUGACAUUCCCACAGUGGAUUCUUGCAAUUGGAGAUGGACUCGCACCAAUGAUGAACUUUGAAGGAUCUUUAGAAGCAUCAUGGAUCAAAAUUCCACAAUACCUGAUCCUACCAGCCAAUGGCACUUCAAUCCAGCCUAUCAUUGACUUUGCCUUCCAUGGGUUGCUCCAUCAGUUUAGGUUAGUUUCCUUUCUCAAGAAUCGUGCUAUAGUGACGCCAACAAAUGAAACUGUGUCUGCCAUUAAUUCUGCGGUGUUGUCAUAUAUUCCGGAGGAAACAAGGGUGUAUUAUAGCACUGAUAGUUUGUGUACUGAAUCCACUGAUACUUCGGAACUCGACAUCCUAUACCCCAUAGAAUUCUUAAAUUCCCUAUCUUUCAAUGGCUUCCCUGAGCACGAACUUGCUUUGAAACACGUUUGA